AUGUGCACCGCCUCUUCUAUUGCACAAUGCAACGCCAACCUUCUCAUCUCCCGUGGGCAUAUUCCUGUCAAAGUGGAGCAUUCGAACAAGGUCGAUAAAUUGAUCACUUGUUUACUGAAGAUAAUUGAUGUUGUGAACAUGCAUGCAACUCUUGCUUUAAUUUUAGAACUCCACAAGGCAGACUAUGUGCUCGUCAACACGCUCGAUGGAGUGGACACUCCUCAGACGGUAGGUGCACUGUCCAGCAAUGGAUGCCCUUCUUUGACAGUAGGGCCUGUAUUUCUUCCUAAUUUCCUGGAGGGAAGAGAUUUAAAUGGACUUGGGAGUAUGUCGGAGCAGGAAGAGAGCUGUCUCAAAUGGCUCGACGCCGAAGAGCCAGGUUCUGUGAUAUACGUUUUCUUCAGCAGCAUCGCUAUCAAAUCGAUUGAGCAGCUGGAGGAGUUGACAGUGGGGUUGGAGAAAAGCCAGCACCCCUUUCUGUGGGUGCUACGAAUGGAUAUUGCGGGUGGAAAGCCCGCCACUCUCCCGGAGGGUUUUGUAGAAAGGACUGUGGAUCGGGGACUGAUUGUGAAAUGGGCGCCUCAGGUGUAG